AAGCAUAAUUGCUCUCUCUCUCUCGCUCUCGCUCUCGCUCUCUCAGAGUAUAUAUCCUGUCUGUCUUCAACAAUCAACCUACAUAGUAGUAGUGUAUAUAUCUCUGUUCGAUUCUCUCCAACUUUCAUCGUCUUCCAAUUUUGAAGCUUAGGAGCAGAGAAAGAAAUUUGUUUGGAAAUCGGAACUAUUUGCAGUAAUUAAGGAUCAAAGCUGAGCAAACAUGGCGGUUUGGAGUCGCCAAAUAACCGGCGGCUCAAUCGGAACCCAGGCGGGGUCGGAAACGAGCCGUCAUUUGCAUCUACGCAGGCAGGGAGCAGAAUUCCAGCGCGUUAUCUCGCCGUGGCGGCGACGGCGGCCGGAAAUCGUUCUGAGAGCGGCGGCGACGAGGCAAUGGGCGGUGGAGGCCCCGGCCGGAGCGAGCGGGAAGUUCCGAGAGGUGAGGAUUCGUAAGCGGCGUUGCUCGUGUGCGGUUGGAGAUCUCCAAGGAGUGGAGGAUUCGGUUGAGAGCUGCGGGAAAAGCGGUGGCAAUCGUAGGGCGGAGGUUUUGGUUGCAGCAACGGCUACGGUGAUCCUGGGCGUUGGUAAUCGAGUCCUCUACAAGCUCGCUCUUGUCCCACUCAAACAAUAUCCCUUCUUCUUGGCUCAGCUCGCCACGUUCGGGUAUGUGAUUGUAUACUCUUCUAUCCUGUUUCUUCGCUACCAUGCUGGCAAGGUUACCAAUGAAAUGCUUUCAUUGCCUAAAACUCCAUUCCUUGCUGUUGGUCUUUUGGAGGCUCUUGGUGCUGCUUCUGGUAUGGCGGCUGGAGCUAUUCUUUCCGGCGCAGCAAUUCCAGUAUUGUCCCAGAGCUUUCUUGUCUGGCAACUUCUCCUGUCUUAUAUUUUCCUUGGCAGAAGAUAUAGUUUCAACCAAUUGUUUGGGUGCUUUCUUGUGGCAAUGGGUGUUAUUAUAACUGUAGCAAGUGGAUCUAGUGCUGGUUCUAUAAUGGAAGCAGGGAUAUUUUGGAGUCUUUUGAUGAUUGUUUCUUUUUUAUUUCAAGCUGCUGAUACUGUGUUGAAGGAAAUAAUAUUUUUGGAUGCUGCUCGUAAGUUGAAGGGUGGUACAGUGGAUCUAUUUGUUGUGAACACUUUUGGAUCUGCUUUCCAGGCAGUUUUUAUAAGCCUCCUCCUCCCUUUUUUAUCAAAGUUAUGGGGUAUCCCGUUUUUUCAAUUGCCAACGUAUGUAAAAGAUGGCGCAGCCUGCUUUUUGAACCUCGGAACAAUACAGGGAUGUGAUGGUGCACCUUUGUUACCUCUGCUGUUUGUCAUCGUCAACAUGGGUUUCAAUAUAUCGUUGUUACACCUGCUCAAGAUCUCCUCUGCUGUGGUUUCUUGCCUCGCAUCCACAUUUUCUGUUCCAAUAGCGGUGUUUAUCUUCACGCUUCCAUUACCAUAUCUCGGAGUCGCAUCAUCUCUCCCACCCGGCUUCAUAGUUGGUGCUGCCAUCCUUGUUCUGGGAAUGCUUAUUUAUGCUUGGACACCAUCACUUCACAUGGCUAAAGCAAGCACCUGAUUCUGGCCACAUCAGCAAUGUAUUUGCCAUCAUUCUGAUCAAAUUCUGUGGCGCUGCAGCUCAACUGUUGCAUAUGUAUUCUGGGAAGUGCAAGAGGAAGACAAUGGUUUGUAAAAUUAAGUAGGGAAUAAAACAGGACAGGAACCCCCGGUUCAACAGAAUUGUUGAUUGGGGUUUUUUUGUGUGUAUACUUAAAGAAGUGCAAGCUGGAUUGAGCAUGCCGUUCGGAUCAUAACUUUAUUGUAUUUUUAAGGGAAAAGAAAUACAAUUGUAAUGGUUUAGAAUACUGAAAAUUGUUUUUUUUUUUUU